UGGUAACAAGUGGUUAAUCCUCCUGUCAAAGAAUCUAUAAUAAAAAAAUACUGCGAGUUCCAGAAGUCUUCUAGACCCAAAUCGCUUUGUCAGGAUAUUCCUUCUGUGUAUCCAAAUGGAUAAUAACAGUGUAAACUAUCAAGUUUUAAAAAAGUAUAAAAAUCAAAUAUUCGCAACAAUAGCAGUAAACAUAAUUACAUUUUCGCAAGGACAUGCCAUUGCAUGGUGUGCACCUUCACUCCCACUUCUACAAUCCGAAAAUUUGCCUCUGGCCUCUGGACCCAUUACUAUUGAAGAAGUAUCAUGGAUUGGAUCGAUGGUCUGCAUUGGACGUAUCCUCGGGAGUUUUUUAUUUGGUGUAAUAGCUAAUCAAGUUGGUCGAAAAAAGGCUCUCUACAUACUGACAAUACCCCACGUAGGUUUUUGGCUACUUGUGAUGUUUGGCGCAACAGCGAUGCAUUUAUAUGUUGCCCGCUUUCUUAGCGGAAUAUCAGGAGGUGGUGCUUUUAUUGUUAUCCCAACAUUUGUUGCUGAUAUAUCUGAUAACAAAAUUCGUGGAACACUUGGAUCAGUCGUCACUAUAGGUUUCAACGGCGGAUUGCUUUCAGGAUUUAUUCUGACAUCAUUUUUCAGUUACAGCUUCUAUCCACGCGUCAUAAUUACAUUAACAGCCAUUUAUAUCCUUGCAAUUUAUCCUCUGCCUGAAACUCCGCAGUUUCUCGCUAAAAUCAAAAGGAACGAAGAUGCAGAAAAUGCGUUAAGAUUCUAUCGAAAAUCAGAAGCAGCAACUAACGAAGAACGCCAAAAGUUUAACGAAGAACUAGCAAACAGGAAAGAUAUGGAACAUGGAGAUGCAGAAAAUGGGAAAGCGGAACUAUCUUACCGGGAUUUCUUGAAGCCUGCUGCCAUACGGGGGUUACUGAUUGGCCUUGGUGUACUAUUUUUGAAUCAAGCCUGCGGAUUGUUUGCUUUGGUCAACUACGCGACCAACAUAUUCAAGAUGUCCGGAUCAAGUAUGGAUCCAAAUACGUGUACCAUCAUAGUAGGAGCUACUCUACUAAUAGGGACUUUGAUUGAAAUUAACUAUGUCGACAGAAUGGGCAGAAGGAUUCUGCUGAUCACAUCCUGCUUAGGAGUAGCCCUGGGAUGCUUUGUACUCGACUUGUCCUCCCUAAGUUGGAUCGCAGUAACGAGUGUUUCAUUUUCAAUAUUAUUAGGAUCGUUUGGACUUUCGCCACUUCCUUUUGUGAUCGUAACAGAGAUCAUGCCAAAAAAGAUUAAAGCAACUGCCGUUACCUUUUGUAUGUGCUUCAAUGGUACCAUUGCAUUCAUUGUUUUGAAGAUUUACCCUAUUUUGAUGAUAGAUGUAGGGUUGUAUGGUGUAAUGGGAAUAUGUGGUGGAAUUUGUAUACUAGGCGCCGCCGGAAUUUACCUUUUCAUGCCUGAAACCAAAGGAAAAGAUUUGAAUGUGGACGAAGAUGUUUAGAUAAAUUAAAAUAAAAAUCUUAGGAAAGAAUUUAUGUUAAAAUUUUGUCAUUUCUAGUUCAACA